AUGGGAGGAAGCGCGCUGCUGCGGAGUAGCCGCUUACUGCAAAGCGCCACCAGGCGAUAUGCGAGCAAAAGCGCGGCGUUCAACAUCCACGGGAAGGUGAAGGUCGCCAACCCAGUCGUGGAGCUAGACGGAGACGAAAUGACCAAAAUUAUUUGGAAAGAAAUCAAAGAGAAGCUAAUCCUUCCAUACUUGGAUCUGAACAUAAAGUACUUUGACCUUUCCAUCGAAAAUAGAGACAAAACGAAUGACCAAGUGACGUUAGAAGCAGCAGAAGAAAUAAAAAAGUCAUCUGUAGGCAUUAAAUGUGCAACAAUAACCCCCGAUGCAGCGAGAGUCAAAGAAUUUAACUUAAAAAAAAUGUGGAAAAGCCCCAACGGAACCAUAAGAAAUAUACUGGACGGCACGGUAUUCAGAGCACCCAUUUUGAUAAAGAACAUCCCGAGGCUAAUUCCCAACUGGAAGAAGCCAAUCGUUAUAGGAAGACAUGCCUAUGCUGACCAGUACAAGCAGAAAUCAUUAAAAAUAGAAAAAAGUGGGAAAUUCGAAAUUGUUUUUACACCAGAUGAUAACUCGCAAGUGAUGAGGGAAGAAAUCUUCCACUUCAAAUCACCGGGGGUUUGUCUAGGGAUGUAUAAUACUGAGGAGUCCAUCACCAACUUCGCCCUCUCGUGCUUCCAGUAUGCACUAGAUUUAAAGAUGCCUGUUUAUAUGAGCACCAAAAGUACUAUACUCAAAAUAUACGAUGGGCUAUUUAUGGAAAUUUUCCAAAAAAUUUAUGACCAGAAAUUUCGCAACCUAUUUGAGCAGCACAACUUAUGGUAUGAACACAAACUGAUCGAUGAUAUGGUCGCUCAGGUGCUAAAAUCUGAAGGGGGAUUUGUAUGGGCUUGUAAAAACUACGAUGGAGAUAUUCAAUCCGAUGCAGUUGCACAAGGCUAUGGGAGCCUAGGGCUAAUGAGCUCCAUCCUCGUGUGCCCCGAUGGAGUUACUUGCGUGUCAGAAGCAGCACAUGGAACCGUUACACGUCAUUAUCGAUGCCAUCAAAGGGGAGAAAAAACUUCUACCAAUCCUAUUGCUUCUAUCUUUGCCUGGACAAGGGGGUUACAACAUAGAGCCAAAUUAGACCAGAACCAGCCCCUCCAACUCUUCUGUUAUGCUCUCGAAAGGGCUUGCAUAGAAACUGUAGAGGAUGGACUCAUGCCCAAGGACCUUGCUGCCUGCAUAAAGGGGCUUAAAAAUGUCACCGAGAAGGACUACCUCUUCACGGAUGAUUUCAUUGAUGCCAUUAACGAGAAACUCAAGUUGAAGCUGCUCGCAAAUCAGGCCAAAAAUGACGCACAGGCCGCCACCACCACCAAGCUGCAAAACGAGAACUGGAAUAAUUACGCCCCCCAGGAGCACUCCUCGUGAGGCGUCCCCGCGGCGGGAUAAACGCACAAUGCCAUGCGGCAGUUGUUACGCUACAGUUGCCACGCUGCCUUAUGCCACACCUCCCUAUACUACACUUUACCGUGUGUUUUUUUUUUCUCCCCCAUCGUAACGCACCUAUGCAUGUGCAUACGGCGAAGCGGCAACGGCCACUCUGCGCGCACAUCACCCCAUCGCGUUCGACGCUACGCCGUGGUGCCCUUCAUUCUGCUCACAAAUGAAGAGGCAACCAAUAACCACUUCAACUUAAGCAAAUAACGAUGCCUUC